ACUUUACGUUCCCCUAAUAAUAAUUCAAAUAAUAAUUAUAGCAAAAUUAAUAUAAAAACCACCACUCUGUCUCAACAUCGUCUUUCUCUUCCUCUCCUCCUCCCGUCUCUGACCAAAGCCCCCCCUUGCCGACCAGGAAAUUAAAUAAGUUCAGAUUUUAAGGUUUCUGCUUCAUCAUGGUCAACGCGACUAAAGGGCUGUUCGUUUCUUGUGACAUUCCCAUGGCACAGUUUAUCGUGAAUUUGAAUGCAUCGCUGCCAGCUGCACAUAAGUUUAUAAUACAUGUGCUGGAUAGCACGCACUUUUUCGUGCAACCUGAUGUCGCCGGAAUGAUACGAAGUGCCAUAUCCGAGUUCAGAGACCAGAAUUCAUACGAGAAGCCAACUUGAUUCUUGAACUCAAUAACCUUUCUUUAAUGGAGCUCAUAUAUGAAAAACCAAUAAAGAACAACAAAGAAAUUCUAGUGCAUGAAUAUGUGCAAUUGCUGGCUUCCUAUUUUCAUUUUGACUUCAGACCCUGAUAUAAUUGAGGGCUAUAUUUGGAUUUGGAUUUGGAUUUUGUAUUUAUUUAUAUGUUUGGCUAUCAUUCCAAAGACUUGUUCGAGUA